AUGAAGCCUGGGAGGACAGGAAUUAUAGGCAUGAAAGAAGAGAUGCAUGGUAUUGUACUAGGAAUAGCUGGUGGAUUCUCCACUGUGUUUCUGGUACGGACACAUGGUGGAAUACGAUGUGCAUUAAAGCGAAUGUAUGUUAAUAACUUGCCUGAUCUCAACAUCUGUAAAAGAGAAAUAACAAUUAUGAAAGAGUUAUCUGGACAUAAGAAUAUUGUGGGUUACUUGGACUGUGCAGUUAAUUCAGUUAGUGAUAAUGUAUGGGAAGUACUCAUCUUAAUGGAAUACUGUCGAGCUGGACAGGUUGUGAAUCAAAUGAAUAAGCGACUGCAAACAGGUUUCACAGAGCAGGAGGUGCUGCAGAUUUUUUGUGAUACCUGUGAGGCUGUGGCUAGGCUACAUCAGUGUAAGACUCCAAUUGUGCACCGUGACCUCAAGGUAGAAAAUAUUUUGUUGAAUGAUGGUGGAAACUACGUCCUUUGUGAUUUUGGCAGUGCAACUAAUAAAUUCCUUAAUCCUCAGAAAGAUGGGGUAAAUAUAGUAGAAGAAGAAAUUAAAAAGUAUACGACUCUGUCAUACAGAGCUCCUGAAAUGAUCAACCUUUAUGGAGGGAAACCUAUCACCACCAAGGCUGAUAUCUGGGCAUUAGGAUGCUUACUGUAUAAGCUUUGCUUCUUUACUGUUCCUUUUGGCGAGAGUCAGGUUGCUAUUUGUGAUGGAAGUUUUACUAUCCCAGACAAUUCUAGUUAUUCUCAUAACAUUCACUGUUUAAUAAGGUAUAUGCUUGAACCAGAUCAAGAACAUAGGCCUGAUAUUUUCCAAGUGUCCUAUUUUGCUUUUAAAUUUGCCAAAAAGGAUUGUCCAGUUUCUAACAUCAAUAAUUCUUCUCUUCCUUCAUCUCUUCCGGAACCUUUGACUGCUAGUGAGGCAGCUGCUAGGAAAAACCAAAUAAAAGCCAGAAUAACAGAUACUAUUGGACCAACAGAAACCUCAAUUGCACCAAGACAGAGACCAAAGGCUAAUUCAAGCACUGCCACUCCUAAUGUGUUAGCAAUUCAGAGCUCAGCCACACCAGUUAAAGUACCUGUUCCUGGUGAAAUUGGUAACCAUAGACUGAAAGGAACAUUGAGACUUGGAAACAGUCAAGAGAUGGUGUUGACUCAGGGUCAGCAGCCUCCCCAGCAACAUAGAGUGCUCCAACAGUUACAGCAGGGCGAUUGGAGAUUGCAGCAACUUCAUCCUGUACAUCACCCUCUCCAUUACCAGCACCAGCAGUUAUUGCAGGAUGCAUAUAUUCAGCAGUAUCAGCAGGCAGUGCAACAGCAGCAGAUAGUGCAACAACAAUUUUUAAUGCAGUCACUGUAUCAACAGCAAUCAUCUGCAUCCCAGUACCCUGCACUGAUGCAGCAGUAUCAGCAGACUUUCUUACAGCAGCAGAUGUUUGCACAGCAGCAGCAGCCUCAGCAGCAACAGUCACCUGAAUAUCUCACUUCCCCCCAAGAGUUCUCAUCAGCUUUAGUUUCCUGCCCAUCAUCUCUUCCUUCCCAGGUUGGAGCCAUAAUAGACUCUUCUUACAGUGCCAAUAGAUCAGUUCCUGAUGCAGAGGCAGCCACUACUUUCCCAAAUCAAAACAUGAAUAACCCACCUGACAUGUCGGGCUGGAAUCCAUUUGGAGAGGACAAUUUCUCUAAACUAACAGAAGAGGAACUCUUGGACAGAGAAUUUGACCUUCUGAGAUCAAACAGGUUCGAGGAGAGAACAUCCUCAGAUAAGAAUGUAGACCCACUUUCUGCUUCACAGAACCAUCCUCCAGAAGAUCCUUUUGGUUCUGUACCUUUCAUUUCUCACCCAGGUUCUCCUGAAAAGAAGGUUGAGCAAUCAUCUAGCAGUCAAGAAAAUAGCAUAGGUAAUUCCAUCAAAGAUUUCAAAACAAACCAGGUAUCAAAAGGUGACCAGAAUGGAAGAAAAAGUGAAACUUCUACAAGGGGACAUAUUCAGAAGAGGAGUGAUGAAUCUGAGAGUGAUUUUGAAUCAGAUCCCCCGUCUCCUAAGAGUAGUGAUGAUGAAGAACAUGAAGAUGAAGACGUUCUUCAAGGAGAACAAGGCGAUUUCAACGAUGAUGACACUGAACCAGAGAAUUUGGGCCAUAGGCCUCUUCUCAUGGAUUCUGAAGAUGAUGAUGAAGAAGAAAAACACAGUUCUGAUUCAGAUUGUGACCAUACCAAAGCAAAAUAUGCAGAAGUGAACCCUCUUCAAAGCUACAAAGACAAAAUUGGGAGUGGCCAUGCCAGAGGUCCUGGUAUAACCCUCCCCAGCCCAACACAGUUACCUUCUGGUCUGGGAAGAGUAACCCCCAGACAGGAAUUUGAUGUCUUUGGCUCUGUCCCCUUCUUUGCGCUUCAUGCUCAGCAGCCACAGCACAAAGGGACAAAUGAAAAAAGCUUGUCUGUACAGACUGUUUUUCAAAACGUGGCAGUAGAGCAGGAUGACUUUGAUGUAUUCACAAAGGCGCCCUUCAGCAAGAAGGCAACAUUACAGGACUGCUGUGGGGCAAGACCUGAGGCACAGACUCUUCCCACAUGCCCCAAAAGUGUAGACAUAUUUGGCUGUACUCCCUUUCAACCUUUGCCCGCGUCCACACAUGAAAGUGAAAGCAAGGAGGACCUUUUUGGGCUUGUGCCUUUUGAGGAGAUAGCUGGGUGUCAGCAGCAGCAAAAGGCAAAACAGCGGAACCUACAGAAACUCUCCUCCCGCCAAAGGCGCAUAAAGCAAGAGGUGUCAAAAAGUAAUGGAAAGCGGCAUCAUGGGACCCCGACUAGCACAAAGAAGACUGCCAAGCCCACUUACCGGACACCAGAGAGGGCCCGCAGGCACAAGAAAGUAGGUCGGCGAGACUCUCAGAGUAGCAAUGAAUUUUUAACUAUCUCAGACUCCAAGGAGAACAUCAGUGUGGCACUGACUGACAGUAAAGACAGAGGGAGUUCCCUGCAAUCGGAAGAGAACCUGUUGGAUCCUUUUGGUGCCAAACCCUUCCAUCCACCAGACCUGAUACGGCACCCCUCCCAUCAAGGCCUGAGUGAUAACCGUGGGGACCACAGUACGGCCCUGCCUGGGAGACCGAGGCAGAGCUCAUUACAUGGGUCUUUUCAUAGUGUAGAGGGAUUGAAAAUGGAUGACUUUGGUGCAGUGCCCUUCACAGAACUGGUGAUACAAAGUAUCACACCACAGCAGUCCCCGCAGUCCCAACAAGGAGAGUUAGAUCCAUUUGGUGCUGCUCCAUUUCCUUCUAAGCAGUAG